AUGUCCAAGGUGGGGCUGUCAACUGACAUGGAUAACUUCGAGUACAGCAUCCAGCUGAACGACAGGGACUGGGCUGAGUUCUUCCUGGCGUCGGAGGAAUGCGACCUAGCGCCCGCCGCGUUGGCCACGGCCGAGGAGCAGUGUCUCAGUGACAUUGAACAAGGGGACGGCAGCAAAGGGAAGGAGAAGGCAGCCAAGCCAGCUCCUGCGAAGCUGGGGAGCGAGGAGGGAGGGGAGAGCAAACGGCCGGUGCCCGGCCCUGGCACGGAUGAGGGCGAUCCAGCCGGGAGCACCGUCCCGAAGCAGAAGGUGAAGGAGCCGGCGGCACAGCCCAUGGGAAAGGUGAAGGCCACCAAGCAUUCAAAGCCAGGGCAGGCUGGUGGCUCGGGUGUACGUGACAACGUGCCUGUGAUCCCUGCCAUGGCUCCUUCAGCAGAGGCAUGCCAGGAGAUGCCGGGGAAGCCUCUCCAUCCCAAGAGCGUGGCGGCUUUUGGAGGGGAUGCUGCUGGGGGAGCUCACAGGGAGCCUGCAGCUGAGACCCCCGGGGAGCUGGGACCCCCUUGCUUUGCAGCUGGGGCCACCCUGCCUGCGAGGGCAGACACCCUGGACGUGACUUGGCCCGAGAUGUACGACUAUUUGUUCUGUGACUCCCAAGGGGAAGAAGAAGGGAUGGGGAACUCGGUGUAUGAACACUUCUUCCUGGACGGGUCUGGGAACAGGGCUGGCUGGAGAGGGAUUUUCUCUCUGGCUCCAGCCUCCGAGGUGAAGAAAGCUGUGGGGGCUUUGAAGUCCCUUCUGCAACGGCCGAUGCAUCUCGUCAGAGGCCAAGCCCCGGCCCCGCAGGCUCUCGUGCGGAGAGGAUCCGGAGAGAAGCUCCCCCUCGUCCCGCUGGCUCCUCUGGGAAGAGGCCAGAAGCAUCCCGAAGGCUUGGACAUGGCCCUGGCGCUGACAGGGAGGCCCGAGGCUCCGCUGGCGCUGACCCACAAAGACAUGUGCCUCGUCUUCUGCGCCUUUGCGUCGUGGGCGGUGAAGACCUCCGACCUGCAGGCUCCGGAUGCCUGGAAGACCAUGUUCCUGGCAAGUUUUGGCACGCUCUCUGCCAUCCGCUACUUCCGAAGGCAGGUCAGAGAAGGACAGCUCCGGACCUAG